AUGUCGGCGAUACCCGCGACGCCCGCGUUCGAGGACGAGACGCGCGCGGCAUCGCCCGCCGCGGGCCUUCACCCUGCGCUAACGAAGAAUCAUGCACCGAGAGACGACGUCCCGGAGAAAACAACAACAACAUGUCUCUUCUCGUCCGAUGAGGAGCCCGUGGGGUCGACGACGCCGUCGAACGCGGAGGCACCCGCGCCCAAGUCGAAGCGGCGGAGGCACCGGCACCCGAAGCACGUCCGCGACGCCAUCAAAGCCGGUGCCGCCGCCGCAUCGCGCGUGAGGUCGCCGUACUCGCCCGACCCGGAGGCCGAGAAGUCGACAGGACGAGGCUGGGAAAAUGACAGCACAGCUGGCACGAAGAUUCGGACUGCCGAGACUGACGCGACUGGAGACUCGGCCGGAAAGUUCAUUUGCGACGAUGACUGGAACCUCAGUCACGGCAGAGGCUCUAAUACGAGUAAGCCGGCGGCUAUUAUGAGCCGCGCGGGGGGGCUCGAGGUGCGCGUCGACCGGGGCCGCGCCGCCGCCGAGGCGUCUCGCGCGCGCGAGUUCGGCCCGAAGGCGCGGUGGACGUGCCGCGUCAAGCGCUCGCCGCCCAAGCGCGGGGACGAGACAUCCCGCGACCGCCCGCCCCCGCACCUCAGGUACGCGCCGAGGCUCAGGAGCCCCGACGACGACGACGACGACGGGGGGUCCGAGCCCUCGCUCGCGCCUUCCUCCGAUGACGACGACGACGACGGAUGGGGGCCGACCGUGGGGCUUGCGCGCAAACGGCACCACAGCUUCAACGCGGUGGCGACCGCAGGGGCGAUCGCCGCGGCGCACGAGCGAGCGGCGCUCGAGGCGGCGCACGAAGCGCUCGAGGCGCUCGGAGACUCCGAGGAGGAGAGGGGGACGGAGGACUUUCCCGCCCCCCGCGCCGAGGAGGAGAAGGAACGGGUCACGGACGCUCGGGCGACGUCCACGGAGCGCGUCGCGCGCGAACGGACGCGCGAGCGAAGACGCUCGAGGUCGCCGAUACGCCAGAUCCGCGUCGCCGCGCGAGCGAAGACGCUGUCUCCCGAGACGCGUCGAGGCGCGUCGCCCCAACCUUCUCGGUUUUCGCGCCGAGUCUCGGUCACGCGCGGUCCUCAACGGUGGUCGCCGCCGCGCGAUCGGUGGCACGACCGUGACGCGCGGCGCCGACUGUCGCGCUCGCGCUCGCGCUCGCGCUCGCCGUCGCCGCGACGGCGCCACCCGUCGUCGUGGUCCCCGACCCACCGCCGGCGCGACCGAGAAGACGACUGGAACCCGGCGGGAGAGCGGAACGCCUUUCCCUACGCGUCCCGCCGCGAUCCUUACGCGUCGCCGCCGCGCGCGUCGCCCAUCGAGCGGACGUGCGCGUCCGACCCGCGGAAGGCGACGUCCUCCGGGCUCCUCCAGCCGCGGCGGGAGGAACCCUACCCGACACCGCCCCCGCGUUCGGAGUCGUUCCCGCUCCCUCACUGGUCGACUCGAACCUUCGGCACCGUCGAGGCCGCCGCGGUUCAGCAAACCACGGGCCAACCCAUGAAGUUCAAGUCGAAGCUGUGCGAGGAUUGGACGCGGCACGGACGGUGUCCGGCUGGCGACGUGUGCGGCUACGCGCACGGCGCGAGCCAGCUUCGAGACUCGGUCGUGCCGGGGUUUGACCCGACGAACGAGUCUCACGUCAGGGCCCACACGUACCGCGCGUGCGUACACACCGCGCUGUGCCACGUCUCGCGAAGUCGCGUCUGGGUCGACGAGUUCGCAGAUGUGUUCAGGUACGUCUGGAACACCGAUCUGGAGCUGCCGGUACGGUUCGGCGGGGUUCCGUAUUCGAUGGAGGAGUACCUGGUUCGGUUCAUGUCGCCGCACACGGUUCGGGUGUUUGAACUCGACGGAAGGGCGGCGGUGACGCUGGCGACGCCGACGUUCGACGAAGCACGGCGCCGCGAGACGAACGACGACGACGCGUUCGGGGUUCGACGCGGGGUGCGGGGUGACGGGCGCGAAAACGAACGUCCGUGGGCGGCGGACGAUUGGAGCUCCGACCGCGACGACCGUUACGACCGAUCCAACAACCUUCGCCGCCGCGACGGCGAUUUCUUCUCAGCCGACGAGGAGAGGCCGAGGAAGAAGCCCCGGGCGAUCGUCGUCGACCGACGAGACGCGUGGUUCAUCGACACCAACGGCAACAACGGCCUCAUCAUCGGCGCAAAGGGUAAGACCAUCAAGGCCAUGGAGAGCCAAUCGGGCGCGAACAUCGACGCCAACAGCAAGGCACACAUCGUUGAAAUAUUCGGUCGCGCCGACGCCGUGCGAAGCGCCAGGCUGAUGAUCGAGCACAAGCUGGGCGAGUUCCACAAAGAUUUCAUCGGCGCGGCGACGAUGCGGGACCUCCUCAACGCGCGAAGGCGCGAGCCGAAUCGCUCGACGGGCGCCCGGCAGUCGCCGCACCGGCAGUCGCCGGCGGCUGACCGCGGGGAGGACUCCAGGGAUUCGGUCACCGAGCCUUGCGCGACGCCCAUCGAUAACGAACAGUCUCCGUCGCGACAAGAGCGGCAGUCUCCGAUGAAACCGCCGGCGGCGGACCACGGGUGCGAAGCGUGCGGACUGCGCUUCACGGACGAGAAAGAGCUGAGGGCGCACAAAUUAACCAAAGGACACCUCUCGUCGAUUCGCGCCGCCGCCGGGUUCGACUCGCCAAAAACGCUGGUGGAACACAAGAGGCCCAAGUGCGAGCUGUGUGACGUCACCUGCACCUCAAAUGUAAAUCUUCGAGCGCACUACGCGGGUAGAAAGCACAAAGAGAUGCUCGCGAGAAGAGAAGCGGAGGAUCGGAAGACAAAGGCGGAGGAUUGGAAGAAAAAGAAUUCACGAUGA